CAAUCGGGAGGCGAACGUAGUUAUUACGUAAGAGGUCGCUUGGUUUGCGGAAUUCAAGGAGCUCAAGGAGCAAGAGUCUCCUUGUGGGAGAACAGAGGUGGAGGCCAACCAGACGUGCAUGACGAAGACGUGAUUGACGCUUCUGGAACAGUCAGUCUGAAAGCCGAGAUACGUGGAAGCAGUGGCGGAGGUUUCGGCAACGGAAAUCUGAUGAUGACAAUCAUGCAUAACUGUGACGGAAACAGGCAGUUGACCAUUGCCCUCCCGCCGUCCUACUACAAUCAGGGAAUAGUUGCAAUCAAGACUUUUGACCUUGGUACCAUUAAUCUCGAGGCUCGCUAUUCUGAGGAGAGUAGUGGAUUCAAUGGUGGUGGUCGUGGAGCAGGAUUUGGUAGUGGUGGUCGCCUUGGUGGUUUUGGACAAUUUGCUGGAUUACCUCAACCAAUCCAAUGA